UGAAGGCGUUGUUGACGUUCGUGAUUCGCUUAAAAUUUUUAUUCAAUUUGUCUAUUUUCUAACUAUUGUUAUUUCUUAUGAAACAAUAAACGUAGGAUGCUUAUGAACUUGAACAGGAAUUACGUAUUUACAAUAUACUUAACCAUAAUUAGACCCUGUUUAGUUGCGUCACAGGCUAAUAUGUCUUCGGGAAGUAUUGACGCAGAUAAAUAUUCCGUAGCAUAUGUAACAGUGCCAAGUACGGAUGUUGGAAAAACUAUUGGCCAUGGAUUAGUAAAGAAUAAGCUUGCUGCUUGUGUUAAUAUUGUACCUCAAGUUACCUCUAUAUAUGAAUGGAAGGGCGAGAUCAAUGAAGAUAGUGAGGCCCUGUUAAUGAUAAAGACUCGUACAUCAAUGGUUGACAAGCUGACAGAAUAUGUUCGCUCCAAUCAUCCGUAUGAAGUUUGUGAAGUCAUAUCUUUGCCUAUAAAAAACGGUAACCCACCAUACUUGAAAUGGAUUGGUGACACAGUACCAGAAAAUUAAGAUUAUUAGUUUUAUAGGCUAGGCUUUUCAACAGUAGAAAACAAUAGUUUGAAACUUUUAUUAAUAUUGUAAAAUUACAAAAUUAGCUAGAAUUUUUAAUUUUGAGCCAUAUAAGUGCAUUUAUU